CAACGUGAUCAUUGACCCCAUUAUAGCGUGGUCUGGGGAGCAUGACUGUUCAGCUCAGGAUAAUUCAUAUAGUCCAUUGUUUGAAUAGGAGCCUUGUUGCGUGUGCUUAUUUCUCAUCACCGCAGUGGAUUUCUCGCAGUAUUCAGAUUGAAGACGUUCCGCUUGGAUUAUCUGAAGUGGUCACGAAGGAAUUGAUGCAAUUUGCUUGAACGUGCUGCCUGCAAAUCCAGGGAAAGGUUCACUUCCUAGUUGAAGAAUUCUCAAGAACCUCGUGACAUCCAGCGUCUUCUUGAUUGCCAAGGUUUGAGCGAAGGACAUACUGGUUUUCACGGGAUUUAUCUGCAAAUACUUGAUCAUACAAGUCGUUACGUCGUUACAUUUUUUACACGGAAAGUCAACAUCAGCUAUAUCCUCUGUUAUUUGGCAGUGAUUUGAUAAAAUGUCGUCGCCGGCAACUGCAUUUCUAGUUUUGUUUUUCUUUUGUUUUGUUGCCUUUGGGAGCUGUGGAACGCCGACAGUUAACGGCACGACAAUAAUUUGGAAUGACAACUUUGAAGAUACAAGCUCAGAGGGAUCUGAUCUCAAGACAGAAUACGACGCAAAAGGACUACAGCCUUGGUAUAAUUUCGCAAAUUCGUUCAUCGGAACAGUUCUCAGUAAAGACCCUUACAAUAUUCUUAUCAAGAUCAAAGAUGAAGGUAUGGAUGAAGAGGUUAUCAAGAACGAUAUUAUUAAAAACUAUGCCAUGGGAAUGAUUAUUUGUGUGGGAAUUGGUUUCCUAUUCUGUCUGCUUAUGCCAAUUGUUGGCUUUUGUUUCUGUUGCUGUCGCUGCUGCGGAAAUUGUGGUGGGGAGAUGUCACAGAAAGAGAGAUCAAAUGAUGGCUGCAAAAGAGCUGUGUUUGGAGUGAUUCUUACAGUGAUCACACUUCUGAUGUUUACUGGGGUCUUGUUGACAUUUGUUUGCAAUGAUCGCAUGAGUGAAACUGUUGACGAGAUGCAAAUCAACUCAGAUGCUAUUGUAAAGGAAGCAGUCACAUUUAUUAACCGUUCAGUUGGGGAAGUUGACAAACUCCUAGGUGAAGACUUUGGUUUUGUCAUUGAUCAGUUGAAAAAGGACAUAACUGAUGCAAGUCUUCGAAGUCUUGUGGGUGGCCCUCUACUGGAAGAGCUGGACAAAGUCUCUGUUAAGCCUAUAGAAGCAGUAAAGGAUUUGGCUGCGAACACUCAAAGAAUGAAGGAUCAACUUGAGAUCAUCAAAAACACCAGCCAAAGUCUGUCAAACUUGACGAAAGAACUUCAAGAGGGCCUGGAUGAGGUUAAGGACAACUUGACAGAUAUUCUGAAAAAUUGCAGUAAUGUACCAAGUGUUAAGCCUACCUGCGAUAAUAUAAACUCAGAUGAUCUGGCUACUGGGGCAAACUUUACAGCUCUUCCUGAUGUUUCAUCAGAACUUGAGAAUGUUGAAAAGGUUGUAAACCAGGACUUUGAGAAGACAGCGGAAGAAGGACUUGCAGAAGUAAGGGAAAUUCCCCAAAAGGUCAUCAAUGACACAAGUGACACACGAAAAGAUAUUAGCAAGAUGAUUAGCAAUGCAACUAGCAGUGUCAACAAGAUGAGAGAUGAUCUUAAGAAAAUUGCAAAUGAUGAUGUCAUCUCAAAGCUUGAGGAAUUUAAAACUGAUACUGUUCCAAAAGCCAAAGAACAAGCAGAAAAAUAUGACAACUACAGAUGGAUGGCUGGUGUUGGGUUGACUUGCAUUCUUCUCCUUGUUGUGGUGUUGAUGGCUCUUGGCUUGAUGUGUGGUGUCUGUGGUCACGACAAGGAAGCUGUACCAACCACGCGGGGUACAGUGUCUAACUUGGGAGGUCUUUCUCUAAUGGCUGCUGCUGGGUUCUGUUUUAUUUUUGCAUCAUUUUUGAUGCUAUUGACUACAAUCUGUUUUAUUAUUGGAGCACCAAUGCAAACAGUGUGUACAGCUAUUGAUUCUGGAGAACUGUACUCUCAGGUUCUUGAUAAUCAGAAGUUUUGGGGUGAUGAUGGAUAUGUUUUGUCAAGAACCUUUUUUGGUAAAGAUAAGUCAGACAUACGUUUCACCAUCGGCGGAUUCAUUGACAACUGUCGCAACAACAAACCACUAUUCAAAGCUGGCCCCUUUGAUGAAGCUUUUAAUAUUUCUGACAGGCUGGACAUCGAAAAGUUGCUUGGAAAUGAUACUACACAACAGUUUGACAAUUUAAAGGUUGACCUGAGUGAUGUGAAUGUCUUUAGCAAUGACACCCGCAACAGCCUGACUGAACUUAGGGAUUCAGGAGUUGAUAACAUUGAUUUUGCUUCAUUUUUGAAUGAGAGCACUUCUUUUGGAAGGGCUACUUUUGCUGACUCAGCUGUUGAUCUCAAUGAAUUUGCUCAGAAUAUCAGUAAUCUAGGAGGUGAAUUUUCUAGACAAGCACAGAAUUCUUCAGCACCACUUAAAGCCAAGUUAACUGAACUGUCACAAAAAGCGAAUGACACUGCCGCAGCCCUGCGCACUCUACAGGCGACUGUAGUGAAGGAUAUGGAAGAUAAGUCGAUAGAGUUAAAUCAAAAUGUGAGUGCCCUGAAAGAUAUCGGAGGAGAUCUCAAGCAACUAGCAAACAAUACUUUGAAAGAAGCCCAGAAAGCAGAGAGCUAUCUUCAUACUCAAUCAGCUACUAACAUCAACAAAAUUGUACAGAACUUCACUGAUCGAGUGUUAGGUUGGGGAUUUCAGUUCACAGAUCACAUUAAAGACCUUCUAGACAAUAGUUUGGCUAAAUGUAAACCUGUGGCGAACAUUUACGAUGCAACUAUUGUUAUAAUCUGCAAGCAAGCCCUGUACCCAUUUAAUGGUUUCUGGUUCUCCAUUGGAUAUUGCCUGUUCUUUUUCAUCCCUGCAAUAAUUUUCUGUGUUAAACUUGCUAAACAUUAUCGCCGAAUGGAUUACGAGAAUGAAUUUGAUCAGGAUGUGGAAGCGUUCGAAAUGGGACAUCAUUAUCCAUCAGCCCCACCUCAGUACCCUUCGGGCGGCGAAAAGAAACCAUGGGCUAACCCGAAAAAUGCUGUCUAUCCCCAGGCUCCACCAAGCAGAUACUAGCUCGGGUUUGUAAACUUAUAAAUGUUUCUGCGCCUAAAGCACCAAGUGCUGCUUUGUUUGGCGACAGAAAGAGCUCAGUGAAGAAAUAUGGGUGUCCAGUGUUACGAGACCGAGUGUUUCUCAUCGUACACCUGCUUGUUGAUUACUGCAAAACUCUUGUUCCGUUUGGGUUACUGAACUUAUCUUGUUACCUACCCCUACCCCGACAAACGCAGCUUCUUGCAAUGUUCUCUCUGAUGGACUGUUAAUUGCCCGUGAAAAUUGCAAGCGGUGUUGAACUGGAGACGCCCGGAGAACUCUGAAAGUUCAGGCUCGGCAGCGCUUGUUGCUUUGGUAUGUUAGCUUUAAAUAAACUUCAAUGCAGAUGAAAAGUUUUAAUUCUUGCUGCUCUAACUCUUCCAGCUUUGAUGAAAUGUACUGAAGUUUUCCUAAAAAUUUUAUGUGAUAACGUAGACUUGCGAAUAAUUUGUUUGAUCAAACAGAUAAAUUGGUUUAUCGCAAAUAGUAUUCAUAAUUCUAGAAACCUAAAUAAACUAUUGAAAACAUUUUUAUGUUCGCAUCUAAAAUCUUCAAUUCUUGCACGCAGAAAUUUCUGUCACUAUGAUUUAAACUGGAAUAUUCAAGUUCUGUUUAUUAUUGCGUCUAAUGUUCGGUACUUGAUAUACGCCUCCUAAAUAUACGACUUAAACUAGUUCCAUAACAUUUUCGUUUUUCCUAACCAGUCAGCCUUAAAUUAAUUCAAUGUUCACCAUAGGAAUCGCUACAUUUGAAUAUAAAUACUAUCAAAUAUUUUCCCAAUUAGCGCUAAGAGAGCUAUUGGUGUUUGAGAAAUUUUGAAAGUGCUAACCAAAACUUUAAAAAAAUCAUUCUUAGAGUCAAUUGUGUCUUAAUUGUUGGUUCAAGGAAAGUUAGUUUACAGGCAACGAAACAUAUGACUAGCAGGGUCAGUAAUUGCAUCGAACCACAGCCGUUUUUAGUUUUAGGUUAAGAAAGAAAGAUUAAGAAUGUCUAUCUUUUCUUCCUUGUCUCCGUGGAACGUGAUAAUCACAGAGGAAGUCAGACAUAGCAACAGUAGAACUUGAAUUUUUAUUCGCCGUCGAGUUGUGGCGGGUAACAUCGACCGCUAUUUUUGCUAAAUUUAUUGUGUUUGAAACGAUAACCUAGGCCGUUUUCGUCACCAUCGAGCUUGAUUCAUAGCAUAUGAUGUUCAUGCAUUUAUUCUCUAGUGGAUAGAUAGAAACUCGAGAGGAAAGAUCCAGUUCAUUUUGACGGACUUUUUCAACAACCAACUCUAACUUGUGUUUUUGA